AAUGAGUCAGCCCGAAUAUAAAGUAAAGAGACUUGUUCCCCGCUGCAACAACUUGGAUAAAACUAUGUCGUCUUGGUCACUUCUCCGUCGUUCCUCCCCCUCGAUCCACCGCUUUCCUGCCGUCCGACGCUUCUAUUUCCGCCAAUUCUCUGCCUCACCUCCACCUCCCGACUCUUCAAAGUUUCUUAAUGACGAUUUAGAAACCAAUAUACUAGGACGAAUUUCAGCCGGCAUAAUUACCGCCUCUGCCCUUGUAUUUUCUCUUUACUCCUUUUCUUCAUCUUCUUCCGAUUCCCCAUAUGUAUCCUUCGCCGAUUCUUCAGCGCCUGUCCCCGCCCCCACUGCCGCCGCGCUUUCCCCGCCUAGUCAAAAUAAUAAAUCUGUAUUUCUAUUUGGAGAAGCAUAUAGAAGGAAAAUAUUCUUUAACUACGAGAAACGAAUCAGAAUGCGGAGUCCACCGGAGAAGGUGUUUGAGUAUUUUGCAUCUGUUCGUGCCAAUGAUGGAGAAGUUUUUAUGACACCAGCUGAUCUGAUGCGAGCACUUGUUCCUGUAUUCCCCCCUUCUGAAUCCAACCUUGUAAGAGACGGACAUCUCAGAGGGGAAAGGAGUCCUGGUGAAUUGCACUGUGCCCCAUCACAGUUUUUUAUGCUAUUUGACACAAAUGGUGAUGGUCUCAUAUCAUUUAAAGAGUAUCUAUUCUUUGUUACAAUUCUCAGUAUACCAGAAUCAAGCUUUUCAGUGGCAUUCAAGAUGUUUGACCUUGACUGCAAUGGGAAAAUAGAUAGAGAGGAAUUUAAGAAAGUGAUGACAUUGAUGCGAGCUCAUAAUAGGCAAGGGGCUGUCCACAGCGAUGGAUUUCGAGCAGGAAGCAAGCUCGGCGGUUCAAUAGAAAAUGGAGGCCUAUUAGAGUACUUCUUUGGGAAAGAUGGCAAGGAUCUUCUUCGACAUGAUAAAUUCGUCCAAUUCUUGAGACAUCUGCACGAUGAGUUGGUGGAGUUGGAGUUUGCUCACUACGAUUACAAAUUACGAGGAACCAUAUCUGCAAAGGAUUUUGCACUCUCAAUGGUUGCAUCAGCGGAUUUGAAACACCUGAGUAAGCUGCUUCGUCGUGUUGAUGAGUUGGAUAAUCACCCAGGUCUUGGUAAUAUUCGUAUUACACGAGAGGAAUUCAAGAGUUUUGCCAAGCUGCGAAAAAAGUUGCAACCCUUCUCUUUGGCACUUUUUAGUUUUGGGCAAGUAAAUGGGUUGUUGACAAGGAAGGAUCUCCAACGUGCAGCUAAUCAAGUGUGUGGGGUCUCGCUGACAGACAAAAUGCUUGAAAUAAUAUUCCAUGUAUUCGAUGCGAAUAAAGAUGGACGUUUAAGUGCAGAUGAGUUUGUUAGAGUUCUGCACAAGCGUGAAAGAGAUAUCGCUGAACCUACAGAAGCUGGUUUCUUCAGCUUUUUAUCAUUCUUUCAAAUGUCCAGUCCAUUUCUCGGUGGUGGUGGUGGUGGUGGUGGUUAUCCCCAUGAACUCCCAGUUCACCGCAGCAGCACCGAAGCUUGACUCCGACAGCUAAUAUUCAUAAUUACCUACUUUGCAGUUGCUUUUGGAGAUACUGGCAAUAUUGUACAAAUGAUAUCAUCAAUCUAUAUUCUCCAGUUAGUAACUUAUAUAAGAUGAAUAGACCUCAUUUUUCUCUUGUGUAAUUGGUUUACUAAGGAUAACAUGCCUCUGCUUCAGUUGUCUUCUUUUUUUGUUCUUUCUCAAGGUGUAUGUAUGUAUGUAUGUAUGUAUACAAACCGCAGGGAGCUUAGUAAUUAAUAUACUCUUCAACUCUAUUUUAAUUUUC